AUGAUGAGGCCGGCGGAUGCGAUGCACAGUUUUAUUAGGUGAUUUGGUGUCCCCAAAUCGAACAAUUUUCCGUUUUUUUUUAGUCACUCGUGGUUGGCGGACGAGAUCGAAGGAUCGGUGCGUGAGCUGGCUGGAGCCGACUCUUCGCAAGCGACUGUGGAUCCGGCGAAAGAACAGGAUCCGGAAGAGCCCAAAAACACGGACGUCACACCUUUGGAGGCGUUCAACGCCGUUCAGCUCGAGGGGGUACGUGGCAGAGCUCUAUUCAAACACUCCUCUCCCUGGUUAUUAGGAGCCUCUGCUGACGGACAUGCACGCGGCGGUGAUGAUCAGUCCGACGACGUUCGACAAGAGCGCCAACAACAUGGAAAUGAACCGGAUCCCGCACAUUUACUGCUACGAUCACACGAGAGUCGUGCUUUCCGAGGAGCACGGCAAAGGGGACUACUACCACGCGUCGUUCGUCGACGGCUACAAUAAAAAGUGUGAGAUCAGUUUUCAUUGCUUUUCAUGAAAAUGUCCCUUUGGUUUUCAGCCGCGUACAUCUUCGCGCAAGCGCCCUUCGACGACGUGACGGAGCGCGCAUUCUGGCGGAUGGUCGUCGAUCAGAAGCCGUCGAUGAUUCUCGUGUUCGGCAAAAUCGACGAGAAACAAAAGUGCAAAGCGCCGUACAACGUGGCCGACAAAGCGUUCGAGAAGGCGUUCCUUCAGGAGUUUGGCGCGAAAACGUUCUUGGAGUGCGAGCUCAAGGCGAAAUUGUGCCGUCAGUUUUGGGCGGAAAAGGACGGAAAGAAGACGUUCGGCGAGAUAAAGAUCAGCACGACGUGCGAGAACUCGGAGACGCACAUGAAGACGUUCAAUCUGAAUGUGAAGGACGGAAAAUCGGAGGCGGGCGACGGCAGUUCGACCGUUCUCAUGCACUUUCACGAAUGGGGCGACAAGCAGGACGACGAGUUGCCCGAGUACAUGCUCGACAUGAGAGCUUCGGUCGGUUUCUUUUUUCAAAUCAGCUGCGAAGCGGUCGCGUUGCGGUCGGAAGCUGUAAAGCCGUUGUUUGUUUUUAGAUAAAAGUGCAAUACAUUCGAAACUCGAAGAAGCCGGGCACGUUCGCCGGUCCGAUCAUGUUGGUGUGUGCGACGGGCGUCGCCAAGUGCGCCAUCUACGCCACCAUCGACAUCAUUGUGAGCCGAAUGACCGAAGAGCACACGGUCGGAUUCAAAGAGACCAUGACGGCGAUCAAACAGCAGAGGUGUGCGUCGGUUCUGAAAGCAAACUCGAGUAACUCACGCAGAUACGGAUGUUUCCGCACGACGGGACCGUACACGACGGCGCGCGAGAUGCUGAUGAAGUUCGCGGUGAGCACGGGCGUCGUGCACGACACGGCGAUCGGCGACAAACCGAAAACGGUCAAAUCGAAAGUGAACAACGAGCUGUCGGCGAAAAAGGCGAAGGGCGGAUUCACGAGGGACAAGAACCGCAAGAAAUAG